AUGUCAACGGACGUCUCGGAGAUGAUUGCCAAUCAGGAGUCUAUCUUUAUAACUCUAAAACAACUAUGUUCCAACUACAAGAAAGAUAGUCCCUCAAGGAAGACUCUGACGUACCUGGAGGAACAUCUUAAGCGUCUAAACUCUAACUGGGAGAAGUUUUGUAAAGCAGCGAUUUUGGAUGAACAAGCUAUAGUGCAAUUGUGUGAUUGUUUUUCGGAAAAAGACGUCGAACAAGCCAGAGAAGUCCUCGUCGGGCUGUCCCUGCUACGCAACACGAGAAAGGGAGACGGGAAGAAGAAACGAAGCUUGCAGGAUAUCGUAACGGCAAUUAAGGAAACGGCGACAGAUCAGUCACCACCAGUCUUCGUCGCAAAAGAUCUUCUCCGCCUGCCCCCCGUAACGUUCGACUACAUUGACGUCUCAACAUUACUAAAGGAAAUUCUACGUUUAAAACAGGACGUGCAUAAUAUACAGUGCGAUUAUCUAAGAACAAAAGAUUUAACAUCUAUUACUGAUCAAGUACAAAUCCUGCAAAACACAAGGACGAAGCAAGAAAGCGAUCAAAACCUGACAAAAAUACCAUGUGAGAAAAAGACGGAGAAAAUAAUUACGAAUAAGACAAGAAAAUUAGACACACGACACGCAAAAAUUAAGAAAAAUCCAUCAAAAAUACUGAAGGUGGGAGAAGAAAAAGGCACUAACGGUCAAGUGACGUCAGCGACUUCGAACACGGCGCGCGAGCCGCAUCCUAGCAGCGGGGUGCGCAGUGGCUGCGCGAGCGCCGAACCACAGUCGCGUGCAAUAAGUAGCCCAAUCACAAAAUCGAGUCUUUUGACUCUGAACGACACUAUUACCGACAAUAAUAAUACGACAGACGACAGUUUUACAACAGUCGUGCACAAGAAGCCUCGCUACAGAACGAUUAAGAGAAAUAAAAACAACGUCGGAACUGCUCAACUACAUAGUAGCAAAAUACAAGUCGCGCCAAGACUUACAUAUAUUUAUGUAUCAAGGUUUCACCCGGAAACAACCACAGACGACAUAAAAGAUUUUUUACAAGAAAACGACAAAACUGUCGUAAAUAUUGAAAAACUUACGCAGUACAAUAGUACCGAUUUUUCUUCUUUUAAAAUUACGACUUAUCAGGCACAGGAAGGCACAUUACUUAACGAACAAUUCUGGCCAAGUGGAAUAGUUUAUAGGAGAUACAAACUAAAGCGAGGCCCGCGAUCACCGCAGGCGCCUCAGGCUUACGCUGGUGCGGCACCUGUCAGCGGCGGCGGCACCAUCCGCGUUUAA